AUGCCGCCGCCCUGGACGGACGCAUUAGAAGAAGCACACUAUGUUAUCACCAGAAUUGCACCAAUCAUUAAAAUAAUGUUAAGUAGUAUCAUAGUAGCGCAUACCAUUUUGAUUUAAUGAACAACUUUUUUAAGCCAUUUUCAUUGGCCAUGAUCGUAAGCAAACGAUGCGAUGUUAUAGUGUAAUGAAACAGGCAAUAAGUCGUGGCAUCGCGUUACUAAGAAAUUACUGUAAAGGGUAUAGCUGUACUUCUAUAGUGAAACCUAUAUCACAACAAAGGUUCCUGUUGGGGGUAGUUUCAUGAUGGGAGUAUGGCUUCACCCUUUAGGCUUAAAGUUAACUCCACAACCUAUUUACAAAAAUGGCCCGAAUGGCUUUGAGAAAAGAAUAUAGCAUGCGAACAUAUAUAGCAACGCGACAGGCAACGCAUCGCGCGUCGGGCGCCGUGCGAUUUCUUAGGACACCUACUAAAUCUUCGCACGAUUACGAUUCUCAUCGCACGAUUAAAUCGCAUCAUUUGCUGUAGGAUCUUUGGCAGAUUAGUAUACGUUACUAUGUUUUGUCUUGUAUUUAUGUAGAUUAAAAACAAAGUUAUCCGAGUUGCGUUCGAGGCACGAGAGUCAAAUCCGUCGGCCUGCGCUCGAUGAUUCGAGCGAACAGCAACACAUCAGCCGCCUCACGACUGAGAUAGCGCGGCACCUCACGCAGGCGCACGCGCACAUCACAGCCAUCAAGACACAGGGAAGGCACGGUAACAAAACGGAACAGAAACUUGCCAACAAUGUAGUCCUCGCGCUGGUGACCACACUACGGGACGUCAGUGAACAGUUCCGAUCAGCUCAGUCGAAUUACUUGAAAUCUCUGACGUCCCGUGAAGAGAGAUCUAACGCUUACUUUGACUUGCCAAACUUCGAAGAGUUGAGUCUAAACGAUGGAGAUUUGCUACCGGGACUAUCAAACAAUCAAACGGACCUGUUAUUCUCACUGCCUAGCACUUCAAAAAAUUUCAUGGACGACGAUCAAUCUCCUGAGAAUUAUCAGAAACAGAUUCUAUCACAGAAACAGCUGUUGUUAAUCCAAGAAGAUAACACUAAAAUGGUUACAGAGAGAGAAGAAGAAGUCAACAAAAUAGUUAGGUCUAUAGUCGAUCUCAACGAUAUAUUUAAGGAUUUAGCACACAUGGUUAAUGAACAAGGCACAGUUUUAGAUAGAAUCGAUUAUAAUAUUGAACAAACUCAAGUCCAAGUGUAUGAAGGGUACAAACAAUUGCAGAAAGCCGAAAGGUACCAAAGGAAGAAUAGAAAAAUGCAUUGUAUAUUUAUAUUGGCAGUUACAAUAGUGGUUUUAGUGAUACUGUUGAUUAUAGUUAAGAGUUAG